GAGCUUGUAUCUGUGAAUUUGGAAUCUGAAGCGAACCGUUCCUCCCCACACACUCGCCCCCCCAAACCCUAAUUUUCCCAAAUUUACACCAGUAACCAACAAUGGCGGAACCUUGAGACCUAGUUUCUGAGUCUCUCAGGCGAGUCCAAACCACUCACCGACCCCAAUUUUACUCUCCGACAACCCUACAUUUCCAAAAGAGUCGUUGAAGGUCGAGAAGUCGACGGUUUUCACACAUCGGAGGAUCGCUUUUCCUCGCAAAGAACCCAAUUUCCGGUCGAGCUCAUCGAGGUGUUCGCCGCCUCAUUUCCGGAAUUCCGCUCAAGAAAUCGGAGGUGAAGAACUCCAUCGUCUCCGUUCAUGACUCUGUUGGUGUUCGUGUGAUAUAGGUUCUGCUCUGCUUUCUACUUCUUCAAUUUGGAGCUCUUUAUCAAUCUUGGAGUGAUCGGUUCUUGAUCGUUAUUUUCUGGUUUACGAUUUGUUCUCACUCCAAUUGACGGAAUCCAGUAACUCUCACUCGAUUUUAUGGUCAUAAAUUUGUUGCCAGAAAGCCAUUAGGAUGGAACACCAAGUACAAGACCUGUCUUUGGAGCUCACGCUGGGUGGACCAUACACUGCGGAACCAUACCAAGCAGACACAGAAGGGUCAGCAGAUUUGAUCCGGAUCCGUGCAAGCUUUACGGGAUUCAGGGUGUAUUCAGUAAAUCAAGAGGUGGAGGAAACCAAAUAUAAGGUUUCUACACGAUUGACACUAUGCAGUUCCUUUGAUCCUUGGGUUUUUAAGAAACCGUUGGGCCACCUCGAUGCCACGAAGAGGCUGUCGUUGCGUAAACCAUGGGUGGAUGCCGAGGUGCUCCCCAACCUCAAUGUGUUAGCUAAGCAUCAGAUGCAGCAAGGUCAUCGAACGUGGGUGCGGGUCUUUGACAAAGACACUCGAUCACUCAAUGAGGUAGAGUUGAAGAAGGAGGAGAGUUUCGUAUUUCGUGAUUUGUGGGUACAUGAUUUUGUGAAUAGGCGGAAGCUGGUUGCACAGGACACAGUGGGUCUCUACUGGGAAACUACCGAGCAAAGAUUUGUGUUUUCUGUUCUAAAAAGGAUACCCAGAGUUCCUAAGACAACUAGCAAUAGGUCUUGAGUUUAGGGCUUCUGCUAAGACAAAUGUGGAAGUAGGUGGUUGUGUUGAGACAAAUAUGAGAAGUAGGUGGUUGUGCUGGCCUAGAUGUUUUACCCAGAUUUUGCGCUGAUGUAGAUAUUUUAAAUUUCUUUUUUCAGAAGCAAUCUGUUCAAUUUGGUCAUGUGGAACCUUAGCCUUUUUGGCAUGCCUUUAACAAUGCUUAUAUUAGAAUGGUUUAUGUGCAAUGAUA